CCCAUGGUGCAUUGCGCUUGUUGGGAAACAGGAAGUUACAGUGAAUGGAGAAAACCAUUGAUGAUAGAAACGUGUGAUUUAUAUUAACUUCUGCACGAAUUUAAACAUGUUUUCAGCCUGGAAACUCUUAUUAAUCAGGUUGGAUAACUUAUAAGUGAGUAUAUGGAGUUUUUGUCAUGUCGUUCCCUGAACCCAAACCUGAGGCUCCUCAGCUUCCCCAACACCUGCUCAAGACCAUCGACUGUCAGCAGGGAGCCAUCAGGGCUGUUCGCUUCAAUGCUGAUGGGAACUACCUGCUGUCUUGCGGCAGUGACAAAUCUCUAAAGCUGUGGAGUGUGAGCCGAGGGACUCUGCUCAAAACGUACAGCGGCCACGGAUACGAGGUCCUGGAUGCUGACAGCUCGUACGACAACAGCCUGAUUUGCUCGUGCAGCUCUGAUAAGACGGUGAUCCUGUGGGACGUCGCUACGGGACAGGUCACACGCAAACUCAGAGGACAUGCUGGGAAAGUCAACUGUGUCCAGUUCAACGAGGAGGCAAGUGUCAUGUUGUCUGGCUCCAUAGACGGGACAGUCCGGUGCUGGGACACCAGGUCCAGAAGAUUUGAGCCCAUCCAGAUCUUAGACGAGGCUCGGGACGGCAUCAGCAGCCUGAAAGUCGUACAACACGAGCUACUGACCGGGUCAGUGGAUGGCAGAGUGAGGCGCUAUGACCUGAGGAUGGGACAACUGCAUGUUGACUUCCUCAGCAGUCCCAUCACAUGUGUGUGUUUCAGUCAGGACGGUCAAUGCACUCUGAGCUCCAGUCUGGACUCUACAGUCAGGUUACUGGACAAGAGCACCGGGGAGAUGCUGGGAGAGUAUACAGGACACAAGAUGAAGGGCUAUAAGCUGGACUGCUGCCUCACCAGUAAAGACACACACGUCCUGAGCUGCUCCGAAGACGGACACGUCUACUGCUGGGACCUGGUGGAGGGAUCUUUGUCCUUGAAGAUACCCGUCGGGAAAGCCGUCGUCCAGUCGCUGUCCUUCCACCCCUCUGAGACCUGCCUCCUCACAGCCAUGGAGGGGCGUGUCCAGGUGUGGGGGGCGGAGCCAGAGGAGACAGAAGAGGAUGCUAUGGCCACAUAGAGAUGAUGAAAAAAAGUGACAUUACACAUUUUUAUGCAGGACAUAUUUGAUGGAUCAUAUGAGGACACAUGGACGCACGGUGAUGAUGCAGGUCGUUGUGACUGCUAGGUUUGUCUCUGUUGAGACAAAUGCUGAACAGACAGCUGAUGUGAUCAUUAGGAAAUAAGUUGUGUUCAACUUUUGGUUUACAGAUGUUUAUUUUCUGCAUCUGAAUUGUGUUUUGCAAGAAACUACAUGAAACAUACUUUUUGUACAGAAUCUUUAAUAAACAUUUUCUUGUGUAAAUUA